AUGAACCACGCAACAUACAAGGGACUAACUAACGAAUAUGAAAUCGUGGCACUACUACAUCAUCGGUCCAAAAACCAACAUCGUCAAGCAGAUUGGUUCAUGCAUUUGAAUAUAACGUAUAGACAUCUUAGACGGAUCCUCAAGUUACAGAUCGACAUUAAUCGACUACAACCUAAACCCAAGAAGAACCAGCUGAAAAUCUUGUAUAAAACAAAUGAAAUAGUGAAGUUAAGUCAGGGGUUAAUCAAAAGGAGCAAACUGGCUUAUUAUUCGUAUAAUUCUAUCUUGUGUUUGGGACAGUUUAUCACAUUAGGAUUUGCACUUCUUGCAUCGCUAGCCAAAAUCAAUAGAUUAUUACUUGAGAUACCGAGUGUGGCUAACAGUGCAACGACUAGGAUAUUCAUACCUGAAGUUGUAAAAGAUGUUCCAGAACAAAGCGAGCCAAGCCAAGAGCCAAGUCUAAGCAUCGAUGACAUAUUUGAUACGAAACCUAAAAAGAAGAAAAAGAAAUCACGAUCAGCUACUCCAUCAACAAUAGACGAUAUCAAACAAACUGGUUCAGAUAAACCAAAGAAGAAAAAGAAAAAAAAGAGUGCUAUAGACGACAUAUUUGGAUAA